AUGGUACCCAACAACAAGUCCAAAGAGCCAGACACUCGGAUCACUAUUGAGGAGAUCCCAGAAGAGUUCGACCUUGAGAGGUUGGGACGACAGCGGCCUGAAGCAUUCAAGUCAACAUGGACUGAGGUGGCAUUUGUCGCGUCCAUGGUGACAUCUCUUGCUGCCACGGAAUUCUUUGUCGGCGGCUUCCAGAUUCUUAUUCCCGGAAUCUCUGAUGCCUUGAACAUCCCUCAGGAUUCUCAGACAUGGCUCUCCAGCGUCAUCACUCUGGUGGCCGGCUCGUUCCUGUUCCCCUGCGCUAGGUUGGUCGACAUGUUUGGCGGCUAUCUGCUCUUCCACGUGGGCAUUCUAUGGGUUGUCGCCUGGUCUGUCAUCACAGGCUUUAGCAAGACCUUCUUCAUGCUUGUCUUCUGCCGCGCGAUGCAGGGUCUCGGAGCCGCAGCCUUUCUGCCCGCCGGCGUGUCCUUGAUCGGACGCACCUAUCGCCCAGGUCCCCGGAAGAAUCUCGUGUUCAGCCUCUAUGGUGCCAUGGUCCCGGUCAUGUUCUUCCUUGGGACCAUGUGCGGAGGCAUGGUUCAGCAGUACCUCACCUGGGGCUGGUACUUUUGGCUGAUUACCAUGAUCUUGACUCCCGCCGUUUGCGUCUCGCUUUGGGCGUCACCCCGUGACUAUGCUGAGGCUAGGAAAGGAGGCAAUACUAUGGACUGGUGGGGUAUCGGUACAUUGGUCCCUGGUCUUCUUCUGGUCAUCUACGCCAUCACGGAUAGUCGUCGCUAUGGCUGGACCGCGCCGCACAUCAUCGCAACUCUCGUCGUCGGCUGCGCAUUUCUUAUUGCAGCCAUCUUUGUGGAGGGUUGGGUGGCUUCUGCGCCGCUGGUCCCACCGGAGAUCUUCCAGGUCAAGGGCAUGAAGAAGAUGCUGGGCAUAUUGUCCUUGAAGUUUGGUGUUUACUCGGUGUUUCUCUUCUAUGCCAACUUCUAUAUCAAGUCUGUUCUCGGAAAGGACCCCAUGACUGCCUCAGUGUGGUUUGCCCCAUGGGCUGCUGGUGGCAUGAUCUUGUCCAUCUCUAGUGGUCUCCUUCUCCACAUCCUCUCAGGCCAGAUUAUCCUCAUCCUUUGUGGAGUGGCCAAGGUCAUCGCCAUCUUGCUUUUCGCCCUCAUGCCCAACAGCCCCAGCUACUGGGCUUGGGUAUUCCCAGCCCUCAUGGCUGAGGGAGCAUGCAUCUCAGUUCUUUCAGCAAUCGGCAACGUCUUCAUGACCUCGACUCUACCACGCCACCUCCUUGGCUUGGCCGGCGCCUUGAUCUUUGUUGCUUCAUACCUUGCCAGCGCAUUCCUCCUCGCCAUCAUCGCCGUGGUGGUUGGUGUGUUUGAAUCAAAGGGCUGGGAUCUGAAGGCCCAACACAAGGGCGUCUUUUGGAUUGCUUUCGGGCUUGCAUGCCUAGCUCUCAUCCUGGACUUUUUCAUCAAGCUCCCUAAAGCUGGCUGCGAAGAUGUCGAGAAGCCUAAAUCCAAGAAGGAUGAUCUGGAGUCUGAUCUCUCCGAGACUGAAAGCCCUUCUGUUUUCGCCACACCCUCGGAUCAGUUGAGCAUUAACGAAGAGGCUGUCAACGAGCGAGACGAAGAGGAGCGAAAGGGUACCGACACGUUUGAAAAGAAGGAUGUAGAGGUGGAGGUAAAAGUUGUUCGCAUUCAUGAUGUUCUCAAGGAUUUUGUUUAG